UUGAGGUUAAAUGAGGACAUUGUGAGCUACGAAACGCGUGGAAGCAAGAACACUGAAGCAGAGGAGAAAAGCAGGAAAAGAAAGAGGAAAGAAACGGUCAGCCGGUCACCAGAUUCUACUCGAGAAGAACCAGUGCAAAGUCCCGAUGAUCAGCCUCUGCAGUUAUAUCGGAAGCCGAAAAAAGAGCGGAAGCCGGAUUCAUUGCGCGUUUCGGAUGACUGCUUUGUUUGCCGUCGAGCGCUGAACGAAUGCACGGACUUAUGGGCGGAACUGAUCUCGGACAAAUCGAGUGCAGUAAUGCUGCUGGAUCGUUAUGGUACCAUGCUCAACGGGCCGGCAGCACCAACGGUUGAAACACUGUACGAAUUCCUGUGUGCGCAUGCCGAAUUCACUCCAGUUUUACCAUCUCAUAAAAUCCUGAAGAAAAGGGCAGGCGACAGUUAG